UCAGCUUUGCUGCUCCUCUAUGAUGUCACAAACCGAGCAUCCUUUGACAACAUCCAGGCUUGGCUGACAGAAAUCCAUGAAUAUGCAAAGCAAGACGUGGUCCUGAUGCUGCUGGGAAACAAGGUGGAUUCAACCCAGGACCGAGUGGUGAAAAGAGAAGAUGGGGAGAAUUUAGCAAAGGAAUACGGGGUGCCCUUCAUGGAGACCAGCGCCAAGAACGGCUUGAAUGUGGACUUAGCCUUCAUGGCCAUUGCCAAGGAGCUGAAGCACAGAUCGAUGAAGCUGCCCAGCGAGCCCCGGUUCAGACUCCACGACUACGUCAAGAAGGAGGUGAAAGGCGCUGGGUGCUGCCGGUCAUAAACUCUCUGGGGCCCCGUCCAGGCUGCGCCUCUUCCGCGAGACUUGCCGCCAGCAGCCCACCUCGCCUACCGCAUCCGUCUGCGACUCUUGUUCUCCUUCCUUGCUGCACAAGCUCUACAAAUCUCUUC